AUGUUAGGUGCUUGUUUUAACAAUGGAUUGGUACUGCUUAUUGGGAUCCUGGAAAUUUUGGUGGAAUCGGGGGUAUUUAGACACUCAAACAAGGCUAUUAUUGUGUAUCGGUUAGUUUUGAUGAAGAGUUGGGUAUCAGUUGCUGAGUUUCAUCCUCGAUUCCUCCUUUCGUUUAGACUUUGUUGCUUUGGAAUUUGUGAUUCUCCUACUUUUAAAGGUAAACUAAGCACUAGAUCUGGAGGAUCCCGUAGACAUUGCAAUGACACAGUUUCAGAGAAGGGGGAUCAUUCUCUGACUGAAUCAAGAUCACCUUCACCUUCCAAAGUGGCUAGGUGUCAAAGUUUUAUUGAAAGACCUCAUGCUCAGCCUCUUCCACUUCCUGGUCUGCACCCUUCAAGUGUAGGUCGGGUAGAUUCAGAAAUUAGCAUAUCAUCAAAAUCAAGGCUGGAAAAAGUCUCCAAGCCAUCAUUGUUUCUUCCACUUCCAACACCUGGAUGCAUACGUUGUAAGCCAAACCCUGCAGAUUUGGAUGGAGAUAUGGUCACUGCUUCAGUCUUUAGUGAUUGCUCUGCUGACAGUGAUGAACCGCACUCACACAAUCGUAGUCCUCUAGCCGUUGAUUGUGAGACUGGGACUAGAACUGCUGUUGGCAGUCCUUCCAGCUCGAUGCUCAAGGAUCAGCCAGUUGCCGUGUCCCAACUCAAUUCAGCAGGAGUGAAAAAACCUGGAAGUAUUCUAAGUAAUCAUACAUCUUCUACUUCACCAAAACGCAGGCCUUUACACAACCAAGUUCCAAAUCUUCAGGUUCCUCCUCAUGGUGCCUUCUAUAGUGCUCCCGAUAGUUCCUUGUCAAGUCCAUCAAGGAGUCCAUUGAGAGCAUUUGGCACGGAUCAAGUGUUGAAUUCUGCUUUUUGGUCUGGAAAGCCAUAUUCAGAGGUCAACUUGGUUGGAUCUGGACAUUGCUCAAGUCCAGGUUCGGGUCACAAUUCUGGACAUAAUUCGAUGGGAGGGGACAUGUCAGGACCUUUAUUUUGGCAACCAAGUAGGGGUAGUCCUGAGUAUUCUCCAGUACCCAGUCCCAGAAUGACUAGUCCUGGUCCAAGCUCUAGAAUUCAGAGUGGAGCAGUCACCCCUAUUCAUCCCAAAGCUGGGGGAACACCCAUUGAAUCACAGACAGGAAGGGUUGAUGAUGUAAAACAGCAGACUCAUCGUUUGCCCCUUCCUCCUUUGUCAAUCCCUAAUUCUUCACCAUUCUCUCAUUCAAAUUCUGCAACAACAUCUCCGUCUAUGCCAAGAAGUCCAGCUAGAGCAGAUACUCCAAGCUCUGGCUCACGUUGGAAGAAAGGAAAGCUGCUUGGUAGCGGCUCAUUUGGACAUGUCUAUCUUGGCUUCAAUAGUGAAAGUGGCGAAAUGUGUGCAGUGAAGGAGGUUACCCUUUUUUCAGAUGAUCCCAAGUCUAUGGAAAGUGCUAAGCAAUUUAUGCAGGAAAUUCAUUUAUUAAGCCGUUUACAGCAUCCAAAUAUUGUCCAGUAUUAUGGUUCUGAAACAGUUGAUGAUAAGCUUUACAUAUACCUUGAGUAUGUAUCUGGAGGCUCCAUACACAAACUUCUUCAAGAAUAUGGGCAGUUUGGUGAACUAGUUAUUCGUAGUUAUACCCAACAAAUUUUAUCAGGGCUUGCUUAUUUGCAUACUAAAAGUACUCUCCAUCGGGACAUCAAAGGAGCAAAUAUACUGGUAGAUCCAACUGGUCGGGUCAAGUUGGCAGACUUUGGCAUGGCAAAACAUAUAACAGGGCAAUCAUGUCCAUUAUCAUUCAAGGGAACUCCUUACUGGAUGGCUCCUGAGGUUAUAAAGAACUCUAAUGGAUGCAAUCUUGCGGUAGAUAUAUGGAGUCUUGGGUGCACAGUUUUGGAAAUGGCUACGACCAAACCUCCUUGGUUUCAGUAUGAAGGGGUUGCUGCCAUGUUCAAGAUUGGUAAUAGCAAGGAACUCCCAACAAUCCCUGAUCAUCUCUCGAAUGAAGGAAAAGAUUUUGUUAGGAAAUGUCUUCAGCGUAACCCACAUGAUCGCCCUUCAGCCAUUGAAUUAUUGGACCACCCUUUUGUAAAACUUGCUGCGCCUUUGGAAAGACCUAUUCUGGUUCCAGAAGUUUUGGACCCUGUUUCUGGGAUUACACAGGGAGCAAAAGCUCUGCAUGAAUGGUGCAGAAGGAAAAGGCAGGGACAGUAUCUUGAGGCAUAA